AUGGCACAUUCAAGGAUAGACUUCAGUGCUUCAUUUACACAGGACUCUGAUGAAGUUCAGGAAAUGUUCUGUGAACAUUGUGAUAAACAUGACAAGCAAUAUGUUCCUGCUGAGGGAUUUUGUGAGGAAUGUUUUGAGUACUUGUGUGGUACUUGCCUUAAAUUUCAUAAAAGAUAUAUGGUCUCUCAUACUAUAAAGAAUAAGAAUAACAUGCCACAGGAUUUCUGUCUUGAGAAAUGUUUUGUCCAUCAAGAUGAAUUAGUCAAGUUCUAUUGUCAAGCUUGUAAGAAAUUUGCCUGUUAUGAAUGCAAGACUCUAGACCAUGGGACCUGUAGUAUGGUCAAUCAUUUGCCAGCCCUUGUUCCAGGGAUUGAAAACAGCCAAGAAAUUAAAGAACUCACUGAAAAUCUUGAUAUGUUAAUGAAAGAUUUGGAAAUUACAGAAAAACAUGUGAACAUAAACAUGAAAUAUGUUGCUUCACAAGAAACAAAGAUAUUAGAGAUACAGUCAAGAAAAAAAAGAAAGAAAUAA